CGGAGCAACAACAGGCUCGUUCGCGCACAGCUGACGGAGGAAAUCGGGCGCGCGGAGCUGCGCGGAAUCGCCCGUUGCCGCCUGUUGUUGUUUACCCCACCUGCACGAUGAAGUUCGUGAGGUUCCUCAUGAAAAACGCCGCCUUGGCCAAUGUGCCGAAGCAUAUUGACCAUUUUUCCAAAUUUUCGCCUUCUCCCCUCUCCAUGAAGCAGUUCCUUGAUUUUGGUUCGACGAACGCGUGCGAGAAGACCUCCUUUGUUUUCCUCAGACAGGAGCUUCCCGUGCGGCUCUCCAACAUCAUGAAGGAGAUAAAUUUGCUGCCUGACCAUUUGCUGUCCACGCCGUCGGUGCAGCUGGUGCAGAGCUGGUAUGUCCAAAGCUUAAUGGAGAUCCUUGAGUUCCUGGACAAGAGUCCGGAUGACCAGAGUGUCUUAGGAGAUUUUGUGGAUAAACUGGUGACCAUCAGGAACAGACACAAUGACGUGGUCCCCACCAUGGCACAAGGUGUGAUAGAGUACAAGGAGGCCUUUUGCGAGGACCCUGUCACCAACCAGAACAUCCAGUACUUCCUGGACAGGUUCUACAUGAGCCGCAUCUCGAUCCGCAUGUUGAUCAACCAGCACACUCUUAUCUUUGACGGAACAACAAACCCAGCUCACCCAAACACCAUCGGGUGCAUUGACCCCAACUGUAAUGUGGCGGAAGUUGUAAGAGAUGCGUACGAAAGUGCCAGGAUGCUCUGUGACCAGUAUUACCUUGCUUCGCCCAACCUGGAGUUGAGGGAACUGGGUGCGAACAAUAAGAAGCAGCCGAUUCACAUCGUGUACGUACCUUCCCAUCUGUACCACAUGCUUUUUGAGCUUUUCAAGAACGCCAUGAGGGCAACCAUUGAGUACCAUGAGUCCAGCUGCAGCAGUCUUCCACCUAUUCAGGUCAUGGUGGCCCUUGGUGGAGAGGACCUGUCGAUCAAGAUGAGCGACAGGGGCGGCGGCGUACCCUUCAGGAAGACAGAACGGCUCUUCAGCUACAUGUACUCCACUGCUCCCGCCCCCCACAUUGGCCACCAUCAGCGAGCACCUCUGGCUGGCUUUGGUUACGGAUUGCCCAUCUCCCGCCUCUACGCUCGCUAUUUCCAGGGAGACUUGCAGCUGUACUCCAUGGAGGGCCUUGGCACCGAUGCCAUCAUCCACUUGAAGGCUCUGUCGACGGACUCCGUGGAGAAGCUGCCCGUGUACAACAAGACGGCCCUGCGGCACUACAAGAUGAGCCAGGAGGCGGACGACUGGUGUGUGCCCAGCAAGGAGCCCCUCGACCUGGCUGUGUACCGGAGGCCAAGUGAGGGCCGCGUGUGACCGGACGCGCCAAGGACCUCCACCUUGUGCUGCUUUCUUUGAAAGGGGGGUGACGAGGGUGACGGGGUGGCGCCCCCCUUCUGGCAGAACUUAAGUCAAAGAGUGUUCAGGAGAAGAGGACUGCUGAGACUACCCUCUGAGAAACCUCUUGGGUGGACUGUGACGCUCCUUUCAGUUGGCCUUCGGCAGAGCACAGUUGUACUGUAAAUCCAAGUAUGUGAUACUCUAUCUAUUGUAUCAUGACUGUCCCACUAAAAAUUUUCAUCAGUUCACAGUUAAGAAGGUUGGCCCGUGAGUCCGUAGCUGUGAGAAGAAGGUGAAAAAGGCCUGUGCACGUUGACCAGGAGCACUGCGAGGAGAUGCGGGUGCUGUAGGUGCUGUAGGUGUUGUAGGACCUGAGAAGAGAACGAGAAAAGGACCGAAACGUUAGCAGAGCGGGACCCCAUAAGGAAAGAUUUGGAGUAUGCGAUAAUGAGAUCGUUCCCGUUCUUAACGCUGGUGCGAUUUGUCCACUGAGACCGAGUGCCUCUAACACCCAUCCCCAAUGUCCCAAAGGAUGCCGCGAAAGUGAGGUGUUCGGUAGAAACCCGCGGAGCACCUCUGCACGUCGGAAGGCAGAGUUUGGUUUCCGGAUCCUUGCGUAAGGCACUCAAGAUGGAACAUGGCGUCGUCGUCGACGCCCAUUCGCAGGGCACACCUUCACUUGGAAGUGCAACCAAAGAAGUAUUUGAGCAUUGUUUUGGUGACACUGCAUGGAUGAACCACCCGCUCUGUGGUACCGUGGGAGAUCUCGGCGUUCCCGCACACGGAUCCUCAGGAUUUGGCGAGCAGCCGUGCACACGGCGCAUUUCUCAUGUUUGUUUAACGUUUCCUAAUGUGUAACCGUGCAAUCCGUCACCUGGGCUCUUCUUGCCUUAGGGCGUUGGUAUGGACCUCAGUGUGUACGGGCGUACCGCAGGUGUGUAUUUCAAAUCAGUGCAAUUAAUCAAUGUGAUCAAUAAUGACAUAGGACAUAAAUUACCUGGAAGGUAAUGAGAAGAUAACCUCAGCUCUGACAUGCUUUGCUUUUCGAAAAUCUCAGUGGAAGCUUUAACUAACCCCAGGAUGCCAUGAUUCCAGCAAAGCAUUUGCUGCACUGCAAAGAAAUUUUUAUUUUUUUUUUUUUUAAGUUUUGUUUUAUUUUUGUUUUAUUGCUUAUAGAAACAACCUCUUGUUGUACUUAGUCAGUACAAAAGCACAGCAUAUGAAUUUUUUGUACCCGGUGCUGUCGUGUCAUUCACAGAUGCUGAUGCCCGCGUGCCUUAUCUAGCGCCGCCGCUCUUUGUGGGUCCACUUCAUGCUCACACCUUGUUUUCUGUGAACUUCACAAAUUCCUUCUUACUUUACCAAUUUUUUUUGUUUUUUUCUUUCUAACUGAAAAUAAGUUCAAAUGGCAUGCAUGCCUCUGUACUUCCUAACUGUAUGCAUUUUUUUUGUACAGAAAUAUUUUAAUUUUGAAUAAUGGUAUAACAAUGUGAGAAUGUUGAAAUAAA